AUGGUCGAAGCAGGGAGUGUUGUGCUUUGGUCUGCGCUCCUAGUACUGAUCGUCGUUAAUAUUGUGGGAAAUUCUCUCGUCUGCUGGAUUAUAAGGAAAAAUCGAGAAAUGAGGUAUAGUCAUGUCAUGGUUGCACAGAGUUGUCUUCUCUGUUCUGGCCUAAUGUUCCUUUUCUAAUAUUAUGGCUAUAUCAAUCCCACAGGACCCAUCUAAAUUACUUAAUCGUUAACCUAGCAGUAGCGGACAUGAUGUAUGCGAUUUUUAUGGCACCAGUGUUCUUUGUCAAGUUUGCUGGUGUGCAUCCGGAUGGGAUAGGUGGCUUAGUUCUAUGCAAACUUGUGACAGGAGGAAAUUUGUCAUGGUUCGGAGCUGCUUCCUCGGUUGUCACACUGGUCGCCAUCGCCGUUGAACGACACAACGCUGUGUUGUAUCCCUUCAGCAACAGAGGAGCACUGAACACGUUUAAAUUGAAGGUAUGGUAUUACAUGUUUCGAAAUUUAAGAUAAGUAAGGAUGGAAGUGUCAGACAUCCUUUUUAGCAGACUGUACCAGGCCUUUUUUUGUCUUUCGUGGAUUUCAGGAAGAUUAAAUUUCUAGUGUUUGCCUUAUCUACGAAGAUCGGUCAAGCAACUUAUGACCUUUUGUUGAAUUUUCUCGUUUAUCGAUGAGAAACACGAUUAUUUGUUCUGUUGUGAUACUGAAAAUGACAUCAAUUUAGUAUUGCUGAAAAACUUGAUAAACUUGCUGUAAUUUGCAGUAUAAUGUCGUGCGUUUUUAAGACAAGCUAUUUCCUAUAGAGAAUAGGGAACCACUUCCCACGCAAUGGACACUAUACACAUUGUAUGACGUCUUCUGUGUUGUUACAUAAGCUUUUGGAGCCCUCAAACAUUAACAUACGACUUCAAGGAUAUAGGUUAAUAUAUGAGACACUCUGGAGUAUUUUGUUUUUGACUGCAAUUUACCCAGGCUCUACGAGAGCAGUUUGAGGUUCAAUAUUGUGGUAGAGGGUAUAAUAGAGAACAAAGUAUACAUAAAAUUCUACUGUUUUGCAUUUCGAAUCGUGCCAAUGAUAAAGGCUUUUCUUUUGAGCUAAACGCUAUCAUUCGAAAUGCGACACUCGCUGAACAAGCUCAGGUAACGAAAUUAAAGGUAGAGAAGAUAUUAUGAUACAACUUCACGAGGUGACUAUGGUGUACAUAUUUUCAAACAGGUGAUCAUUGCCAGUUCUUGGAUUUUCUCGACCUUUUUCAACAUCCCAUCGUUCCUGGCAGUCCGCCUUAAUGAGACUGCAAACGAAUGCGCAGAGCAUUUCCCAAGAGAGUGGAUGGCAAAAGCCAUGACCUGGUUGUGGUUUCUUUUGACGGCUCUUUCCACUGCGUUGAUGGCUUCUCUGUACUCUAGAGUUGUGUAUAACCUAUGGAUCAAGGGCAAUGAAAAAGAUCAGCUUACCCAGCAGCAAAUGGUAACAGUAAAAUAAAUGAUAUAUUGACCUGCGGAUGAUAUACAAGUAGAGAAACGAUUUUCGCAUGUAGCUGCAAUUAGAGCAAUUAAUUGCAAGAAAAAAUUCAGGCUUCGACGGAAUUCGAACCCGCGUGCCUUCCAGAUGUUAGUUUGGUGUUUUUCCCAACUGAACAAUAAAGCCAAAUGAUGGGACCGAGGCAAAUGUAAGUAGGUUAUGUAAUUGCGACAAUUGCAGUCUGAAAAACUUUGCUUCAUGUUGUCAGCCAAAAUGAUAGGAGCGAGACUCUAGGGGUAUUUAGCAUUAUGACAUGUAUAGCUUCCAGAAAUGAAGCAGAUCUCAGCCUGAAUUAUCCGCUUUCUUCUUGCCUUUUCCUUUCUUCUCUUGUUUGGAUCGACACAAAGUGGAGGGCGAUAUGAGUUUGACAUGUGCAUUGAUCCAUGUUAUCAAUGAAACCCAAAUCUAUGCUUUAUUGACAGGUUGUGAUGAGGGUGAGAAAGCGGGUCACAUCGAUGGUGGUUACUGUCAGUGCUCUAUUUAGCACAUGUUGGUGCGCAUCUGGUGCCAUUUACAUUGUGUCAUACACUACCUAUGCAUCCAUCGACUAUAACACCGACUAUUUGCCAAUUUCUUACAUAACCGUCAUGUUCAACUCCGCCGUCAACCCGUUUACUUACGCUCUGUUAAACAGACGAUUCAGGAGGAAAAUAAAGAUGAAGUUUUUUUCUGGAUGUUUCUCUUCAUCCACGGUCAAACCCAACGCCGGCAGAGAGUCAUGCAGCACCGAGACCACGACAACACAUUUUGGAGCCUUGAGUCACUUCGUGGUUGUCAAACAUGCUACCGUUGGCGACUAA